CCCUAUUAUCUUUCUCUCAAAAAUGUCAUUAAAAGCUAUGAUUUCAACUCUAAUGUCUUUGCUAUGGUUAUCCAUUAUAGUAUUCAUCAUCGUACAUGCAAAACCAAUAAAAUCUCAAGAAAUCACAAUCCCUAGAAAACUAGCUUCAAAGAUUUCUCGUAACGCGCAAGUUCUUUCACAAGCCUCAACCGAUUAUGGCCAUAUCAUUCACCAAAAACCAUUUGGUGUUUUGGAACCAACUUCAGUUAGUGAUAUUGCUAACUUGAUAAAACAUUCAAACUCUCUUCCUCAACCAUUCACCAUUUCUGCUAGAGGACAAGGCCAUUCGGUUCUAGGGCAAGCCAUGACAGAUAAUGGGAUUGUUGUGAAUAUGACUCAACUCAAUGGGGUUAAAAAAGGGUCUAGAAUUGUUGUGUCUAAUUGUGAUGGGAAGAGUACUUUGGAUUGUUAUGUUGAUGUGGGUGGUGAACAAAUGUGGAUUGAUGUUUUGAAUGAAACACUUAAACAUGGAGUUACACCUCUCUCUUUGACUGAUUACUUGUAUUUGAGUGUUGGUGGUACUCUCUCUAAUGCUGGAAUUAGUGGCCAAACUUUUAGAUUUGGACCUCAAGUCUCUAAUGUUCUUGAAUUGGAUGUUAUUACAGGAUUAGGCGAGGUUGUAACUUGUUCAUCGAGUAAGAAUUCAAAGCUAUUUUAUGCCGUUCUCGGAGGAUUAGGUCAAUUUGGAGUGAUAACUAGGGCAAGAAUACCUCUUGGAUCUGCACCAAGAAGAGUGAAGUGGCUACGUCUAAUUUACAACGACUUCUCUGCAUUUUCAAAGGACCAAGAACAUUUAAUCUCAUUCAAUAAAAAAGAUGACAUCAAUGGAGCAAAUUAUGUUGAAGGAUUGCUUCUAUUGAACAAGCAACACUUAGAUCUUUCCUUUUAUCCACCUUCUGAUCAUCCAAGAAUCACAUCUCUAGUAGCUCAAAAUGGCAUCACCUAUGUCCUAGAACUUGUCAAAUAUUAUGACACAAAUUCUCAACAACUUAUCGAAGAGGUAGUUGACGAUUUGAUCGGAGAAUUAAAGUUUGUGCCUACAUUUAUGUUUCAAAAAGAUGUGACAUAUGAAGAAUUUCUAGACAGAGUUCAUACCGAUGAACUAUUUCUUAGACCAAAAGGACUUUGGGAUAUUCCUCAUCCUUGGUUAAACAUGUUCAUACCAAAAUCUAGAAUCUCAGAUUUUAAUGAAGGUGUAUUCAAGAACAUUAUUCUUAAACAAAGCAUCAGUGCUGGAGUUUCUAUAGUCUACCCCAUGAACCGAAACACGUGGGAAGAUAGAAUGUCAACAGUUAUACCAGAUGAAGAUGUGUUCUACCUUGUAGCUUUUUUGCAUGCUGCAAAAGGGUUGGAGGAGGUGAAAAAGUUCCAAGCCCAAAACCAUGAGAUAUUGAAGUUUUGUAAUGAUGCUGGUAUUAAGAUUAAGGAAUAUCUUGCUGGAAACAAAACACAUCAAGAAUGGAUUCAACACUUUGGGUCAAAAUGGAAACUAUUUGAAGAUAAGAAAACUAAAUUUGAUCCCAAAAGAAUAUUGUCUCCUGGACAAGGAAUUUUUCAAUAGAUGAUGUUAGUUGGAUACAGAAGUUUUAUAUAGGAACCAUGUUUUUAAAUUGCGGUUGCGGUUGCGGUUGCAGGUGAUGCGAUUGCGGUCAUUACGCUUGUUGCGAUGCGCAUUGCGGGUGCUGAGAUCUGAAUUUUUAUAGGUAGGUGUUUGGAAUACAAUAUUGAAAAACACUUAUGUUAAGUUUUUUAAUUAGUAAAUUGAGUUUUAGGAUUCUAAUA